ACAGUUGACUAUUCUUUGGUUUAAUAUUUCGAAGCAAUGAUUUGAUUUGUGUACCUUUUAUUGUCUCAUAACUGCAAAGAUAUUUCAAUUGUACUUUUUCUAAAUAAUAAAAACAAAAUGAUUUCCUCAACUACAACAGAAAAUGAUGUGCGGUCGUCAGACAGUAAUGUAGAAAUGUGUGCAUCUGAAAUAAACACUUCCCGCCUGCAGACGUCUCACUCUUCAGUGUCCAGCGAAGGGGAUUUAUCAUUUUCAUUAUCAAUCGAUCAGGAAUUGGAUGCACUUGUGAUUGGCGAUGAGCUUCCAGCAUUCGAAAUACGACUUAUAUCACCUCUAGGCCGCACACCUUCGCCGAUAGACACUAAUCCCGAAGACUUGCAAACACCAACCAGAGGAACUCUUUUUGGCGAUGAUUCUACACCAAGUGCCUGCUUAAGUUCAGAUUUUGUUACUCUGCAAGAAAUUAAUGCUCAGAUAAGCCCACCUGCGGAUGAUCAGACCGGCAAAACAGGCGUCAACGGCUGCAAUAAUCUUGAGACAAUAUUUGAAGGAGUUUUCUUGAAUACACCACCUAGAAAACAAAACAGUGUGCGCAAUUUUAAUUCCAUUCAUGGUGGCCUUUUUGAAAAAACAGUUACGAGCAAAAUAAGCAGUGGCAAAGAAAACCAAUUGCCCAAAGGCGGUAAAACUGCUACAAUAAGUUACCCUAGCAAUUGUCGCCAUAAGCCUGUAAGGAGCAAAUCAAAUGUAGAUGUACACAGCAGCAAUAUACUAUGAAUAUAAUCUUUUUGGAAUCUUCUAAAACAAAGCUUCUUGAAUCAAUGGGUUUGGGAUGCUCAUCUGGCUGUUUUAAAACAAUUUUAUAUAGAUUUAGUAUAAGAUAAAUAACCGUACUUUGUAAAAAAUAAAAUAAUUGGAAGUAGCUAAUAAACUUGUUUAAGUUUUACAUCUGCGGACUAGUGACACACAA